AUGGCGAAUCAGAACUUUAUCCGUCAGAUCGAGAACUCUGACGAGUUCAAGCUGCUCGAUGCCGUGGUCAAGGAUGAGACAACAGUGCAAGAUGCAGUCCAAAAGAUGGUUGACAAAACCAUGGAGGCAUUGGCCCUCCAUGGGCCAACCAAGCACAACGGAGUCGGGCUGCCUGAUUACAACAUCUCCCUCGCAGUCUUAGAGCUCGCCCAGCGCCUCGACCCAUCAGACCACACCAAGCUCGUCGAAUUCACCACUCAUCUGCAACAACAACAGGCCAUCGACUCAUCCACAAAGGAGCCCCUCAAGGUUCAGGGGAGAAUCCUGUGGACUGACAUGCCAUCUUUCGGCUACACAGAGCUGGAGACAUGGUACGAAUUUGGUGGUGCUCAUAAGAAUCCCUGUGAUUCCGCACUGGGUCCAGAACAGCGCGAUCGUUGGGUCAAAUUGAACGCUUUCCUCGCUCAGCUGACCCAGGCGGCUCCAGUUGGCUACCCUUCCCCCGGGGAAGAGGCCCGGUUUUUGCCCUUGGAUGAAUCUCUCCGUGCGGUCUGGGCAAUCUCAAUGGCACUGGAGAAUGAAUCUUCACCAGCCACCCUGAACAACACAGCAGCCAUGGAGGCUGCAUGUCAAUGGUUCGUUUUCGCAGCCGACCGGCUUUGGGCCAAUGUGGUCAACAACCGCCAAUAUCCCAAGCAGGCCGGUGCCGGACCGGGCAAACGCUACAGUGAGAAGGAGUGGACUGGGUACUCGAGGGAGCGAUGGGCAAUCUGGGAAAAUGCGCUGAAAGAGGCCCAGGAGGCAUGUCAAGAUCCGCGGAUGGCCAAGCUGAUUAGGCAUGCAUUGGAAAAACUCAUAAAGAGCACUCGGGCGAUCAAUGGAGAUUAG